AUGGACAAUGAGGCCGCCCAGCUGGAGAGGCAGCAUGUCCAUGCUGUGUAUGAGAGCACCGCACCUUACUUCAGCGACCUGCAGAGCAAAGCCUGGCCUCGCGUCCGCCAGUUCCUCCUGGAGCAAAAGCCGGGCAGCCUUAUCGCUGACAUAGGUUGUGGGACUGGAAAGUAUCUUAAAGUGAACAGCCAGGUAUAUACCCUGGGCUGUGACUACUGUGGGCCAUUGGUAGAGAUUGCCCGGAAUAGAGGAUGUGAAGUCAUGGUAUGUGACAACCUUAAUCUUCCCUUUAGGGAUCAGGGCUUCGAUGCCAUCAUCUCCAUAGGAGUCAUACAUCAUUUCUCUACAAAACAAAGAAGAAUCCGAGCAAUAAAAGAAAUGGCCAGGGUCUUAACUCCUGGAGGUCAGCUUAUGAUCUAUGUUUGGGCUAUGGAACAAAAGAACCGACACUUUGAGAAACAAGAUGUGCUUGUUCCAUGGAAUAGGGCCUUAUGUUCCCAGAUCUUCUCAGAGUCCCGCCAAUCUGGGAGAACGAGGCAGUGUGGACAUGCAGAAACAAGCCAUUCCUACCAUUCUCCUUGCUCUGAAUGUAGCUAUUCUGUUUGCUUUAAAGAGAGAUGUGAUUCAAAACAGUCUCACAGCAUGGACCACUCUCUGGGUAGAACCUGUUGUGUAAAUAUUUCUAAAGACGGUGUGGAAGAAAAUGGGCUCUAUAAUACAUUAGGGAAAUCUUUUCGUUCUUGGUUUUUUUCUAGAUCUUUGGAUGAAUCAGCUUUGAGGAAGCACAUUGAAAAGGUGAGACCCUUGAAAAACACAGAAAGUUGGGCCAAUAGCACUAUCUCAGUUCAGCCUUCCAGACAUUCAAGUUUAGACUUAGAUCGCCAAGCGCCAUUUUCAACAAAAGAACACACUUUAGAUGAGGAAGUGUUUGUGGAAACUUCUUCCCAGAAAACCAUGCAGUGGCCGAGAGUACCAGGCAGACUGACGCAUUUAAAUGAAGACCAUCAAGAAAUUAGGCAAAGUGGAGAUAAUCAUUUUCUCAAGGGCACCAAUGAAAAUUGUGUUGGUGCACAUAACUUAGAAGAAAGUAACCCUUCUGCUAGUAAGAUAUUGAGAAAGAGUUCUACAGUCGAUUCCACAGACUCCAUCCCAGAUGACACAAUUCCUGUGGGAGAACAACAGCCGGACACUUUGGAUUCCAGAUCCUUUAUGCGCUACUACCAUGUGUUUCGGGAAGGCGAGCUCUAUGGCCUGCUGAUGGAGAAUGUGUCUGAGCUCCACAUUCUGAGCUCUGGGAAUGAUCAUGGAAACUGGUGUAUUAUUGCAGAGAAAAAGGAAAGUUAUGAUUGA